AUGCCGCUGAUCCGCCGCGAAUACCAGGAGACGGCCACCUUCAUCGUUCAGAGCAUCGGCAAGCUGGUGGUCGGUUCGGAGAUCGGCGGGACGGGGCAGAAGAGGAAAGACUACUCAAAGAAGCAGUCGCGCGCGGAGCGGCGCGCCACGGGUGCGACCGACCAGGCGCAGCAGCGCAAAGAGGUCUUGGCCGGCACGGUGGUUCUUGCGGUGCUCCUCUUCUUCGCGCUGUACGGCCUCUGGGCUACGAUCCAGGGGAAUGAGCCGAAGCGCACUCGCCGCAGCAGAGAAGUGCUGAGAGAAUAA